CCAGGGGGCGGGGCGAGGGCACGCGUGGACUUGUGGGAAAGCCCCCGGAAGGAGGGGCCCGGCGUGAGUUGCUGAGGGCAGGACGCCGCGCCGGCGGGGCUGGUAACGGCCUGGUGAGAGGUUGAUUGAUCAAAACUCUACAGGCCAUAAUGACUUCAACAAAUAAAGCAAUUGAAUUACAACUGCAAGUGAAACAAAAUGCAGAAGAGUUACAAGACUUUAUGAGGGAUUUAGAAAACUGGGAAAAAGAUAUUAAGCAAAAGGAUAUGGAACUUAGAAGACAAAAUGGCAUUCCUGAAGAGAAUUUACCUCCUAUUCGAAAUGGUAAUUUUAGGAAAAAGAAGAAGGGCAAAGUUAAAGAGUCAUCUAAAAAAACCAAAGAUGAAAACACAAAAAAUAGGAUAAAAUCUUAUGAUUAUGAGGCAUGGGCAAAACUUGAUGUGGACAGUAUCCUUGAUGAGCUUGACAAAGAAGAGAGCACCCAUGAUUCUGUGUCUCAAGAAUCAGAGUCAGAAGAGGAUGGGAUUCAUGUAGAUUCACAAAAGGCUCUUGCUCUAAAAGAAAAGGGCAAUAAGUACUUCAGACAAGGAAAAUAUGAUGAAGCGAUUGAAUGCUACACCAAAGGCAUGGAUGCUGAUCCAUAUAAUCCUGUGUUGCCCACAAACAGAGCGUCUGCAUACUUUAGACUGAAAAAAUUUGCUGUUGCUGAGUCUGAUUGUAAUUUAGCAGUUGCCUUGAAUAGAAGUUAUACAAAGGCUUAUGCAAGGCGAGGUGCUGCUCGAUUUGCUUUGCAAAAAUUAGAGGAUGCCAAAAAAGAUUAUGAAAAAGUGUUAGAACUGGAACCAGAUAACUUUGAAGCUACAAAUGAGCUCAGGAAAAUUAAUCAGGCUUUAACUUCCAAAGAAAACUCAUGUCCGAAGGAAGCUGACACAGUGAUUAAGACAACUGAGGGAGAGAAAAAACAAAUUGAAGAACAACAGAAUAAACAGCAGGCCAUUUCAGAGAAAGAUCGGGGGAAUGCAUUUUUCAAAGAGGGGAAAUAUGAAAGAGCAAUUGAAUGCUAUACUCGAGGGAUGGCAGCAGAUGGUGCUUAUGCCCUUCUUCCAGCUAACAGAGCAAUGGCGUAUCUGAAGAUUCAGAAGUAUGAAGAGGCUGAAAAAGACUGCACACAAGCUAUUUUAUUAGAUGGCUCAUAUUCUAAAGCUUUUGCCAGAAGAGGAACUGCAAGAACAUUUUUGGGAAAGUUAAAUGAGGCCAAACAAGAUUUUGAAACUGUUUUACUUCUGGAACCUGGAAAUAAGCAAGCAGUAACUGAACUUUCCAAAAUUAAAAAGGAAUUAAUUGAGAAAGGACACUGGGAUGAUGUCUUUCUUGAUUCUACUCAAAGGCAAAACGUGAUAAAACCCACUUAUAAUCCAUCUCAUCUUGGGUCAACUAAACCACUCAAGAAGGUUAUUAUUGAAGAAACUGGUAAUUUGAUACAGACUAUUGAUGGGCCAGAUAGCACUGCUGCUGCUCCAGGGCGCACUCCUGUUAGUGGAGCAAACGUACUAGCAGCCACAGGCGCUGCCAGUAAGAAGGGCUCCAGCCAAGAGGACCUCGUGCCCACAAGUGAUAUUCCAAAAGCAAAAGUACUGAAAAUAGAAGAAGUCAGUGAUACUUCAGCUCUGGAACCUCAAGUCAAUUUGAAAAAGGAUGUAUGUCAGUCUUACAGUGAGAAGAUUUCCGUAGAAGUAGACAAAACACCUGCUCAGUUUAUCAGGACUGUUAUUCCUCCAGUUCCUGCAAACUCAUUUCAGCUUGAAUCUGAUUUCAGACAACUGAAAAAUUCUCCAGAUAUGCUGUAUCAGUAUUUGAAGCAAAUUGAGCCAUCCUUGUAUCCCAAGUUGUUUCAGAAAAAUCUAGAUCCAGGUGUAUUCAACCAAAUCAUUAAAAUUCUGCAUGACUUUUACAUUGAGAAGGAAAAGCCAUCACUAAUUUUUGAAAUCUUACAAAAGCUUUCUGAACUAAAAAGGUUUGAUAUGGCAGUGAUGUUUAUGUCAGAACCUGAGAAAAAAAUUGCACAUGUAUUAUUCAAUCAUAUAGACAAAUCAGGAUUGAAUGAUAAUUCUGUUGAAGAACUCAAGAAAAGAUAUGGUGGUUGAUUUCCAUUUUUACUGAAAUUAUUGUCUUUGACUUCCAUAUGUUAAGUUUUUUUCUAUGAAAAUAGUGUUGUUUUGCUUUUUAAGAAAAUGAAAUCAUAUAGGAAAAGGACUGUCUUUGGAUAUAAGUUAACUGUAAAGUGAAUUGUGAUUUAACUAGUGAGAAAUAUACUUAAGUGAACUAUUUAUAAGUCCUUUUCUGAAAAUAAAAAUAUAAAUUAUGAAGUAUACUUGUAAAGAUCAGUGUUUUAUUCUGUAAGUCAUUUUAAAUGUUAAGUUUAGAUACAUUCUUUAAUGCCCCAUAAGUUACAUUAUUUUUAUAUUUUCAUGAAUUUUUAUAACCAUAUUGAUAAGGUUGCUUCAUUAGCAUACAAAUAAAGUUAUAUUUGUAUCACUGCUUUGGUUUCCUAAUCUGUAGAAUGGGUAUACUAAUUGUUUCUACCUCAUGGGAUGAUUGUGAAGAUAAAAGGAAUGAGACAUUUUUGUGUUUGGAACAGGGCCAUAUAUAAGUACAUAUCAAGUUACUAUUGUUAUUAUUAUUACAAUGAUGACUUCCUAUAAUUUGUUGGAAUAAAGUACAGUGUUUAGGAAAUGUCACGUUGUUACCUUACUGCAAAAUAACACAGUGGUAAAUAGAGUAAUUUUGGAUCAAACGACCUGAGUAUAUAUAUAUAUCUGCUGUACUUAACUUGCUUGUGCCUCUGGACACAUUGCUCAACUUCUGUAAACCUCAAUUUCCUCUUACGUAAAAUUAGAAUUAUAUUAAAUACCCACCUCAAAGGGUCUUGGAAAGGUUAAGUGUGCUAAUUCAUGUAAGCAUUUAAUACAGUGCCUGUUACAUGGUUCUUGGUUAUUUUAUUAAUAAUAAUAGUGAUAUAAUUAACAUAAAGUCACAAAAGCAGAACUUUUCCAAGUGAUUUCUUUCUAGAAAUCUAGUUCUUCACUGGUAAUAGUAUCUAACUUGAUAGCAACAUUUAAAUCAUAACUUUUUUUGCAUUCUUGAUAGAAACACCAUACCUGCCAUGUAUUAUUAGCUUCCUCCCUGUCCUUUUUUAAUUUGCACUAAGUUCAGUAAAUUGAUAAGAGUAUACCCAAGUUCUCACCAUUUCAUAAUUUGUGCUAAUGCACUUAAGAUUUUACUCCCAGCCAGCAGAUCUAUUAUCUGUGUUAACAGAAGGCAUUUAUGAACACAGUACCAAAGCUCAGUUUACCUUUUUACAAUUCUUCCUUAAUGUUUGAUCUUUAUCAGUGUUCUGUUUAAAGUAACAUUAAAAAUUUUGGUGUUA